AUGGAGUUACCGGUUGUCGCUCCCGCUAGGUGCGAGUUACGUUCAGUCAUUAAGUUUUUACACGCAAAAAAAAUUCCACCUAUAGAAAUUCAUCGUCAAUUGGAAGAAGUGUAUGGUGAGAAAUGUAUGGAUGUGAAAAAUGUUCGAAAAUGGUGUAGAGAAUUUACUGCUGGCCGCCUAAACGUUCAUGACGAGGAGCGCAGCGGCAGGCCGUCACACUCCGAUGAAACAGUGCGGAAAGUUGAAGAGCUUGUGCUGAAAGAUCGCAGGUUGACUCUCAAUGAGUUGGCCGAAAAACUUCAAGAUGUGUGCAGUAGAGACUCUAUUCAUUCAAUUUUGGUGAAUAAUCUGCAAUACCGUAAAUUGUCAGCCAGGUGGGUCCCGAAAAUGCUUACCCCGGAGCACAAAGUGAAACGUGUCCAAUGUGCCCAAGACUUUCUCGCCAGUUUUGAAGAGGAAGGGGAAGAAUUUCUCGAUUCAAUCGUUACAGGAGAUGAAACAUGGGCUCAUUAUUACACACCGGAAACGAAGGAGCAGUCGAAACAAUGGAGACACACGCAUUGGCCUAAAGUCAAAAAAUUUAAGCAAGAAAAAUCAGCAGGCAAGGUUAUGGCCACCGUCUUUUGGGACAGAAAGGGUGUAUUGCUGAUCGAUUUCAUGCCUCGUGGAGCAACCAUAAAUGCUGAUCGGUACUGUGAGACCUUGAGGAAACUUCGAAGAGCUAUUCAAAAUAAACGAAGAGUAAUGCUGACCAAGGGAGUACGACUUCAUCACGACAACGCGCGUCCUCAUGUGGCCAACAAAACAACGUCGAUCAUUACGGAAUUUGGUUGGGAUGUGUUGGACCACCCUCCUUACAGUCCCGACGUCGCCCCUAGUGACUUCCACAUGUUUCCUUCCCUGAAAAAACAUCUAGGAGGAAUGAAAUUUGCGAAUGAUGAAGAGGUGCAUGAAGCGGUCAUUUCGUUACUGCGCGAGGCGGCGGGAUCAUGGUUCGAGGAGGGGAUACAAAAGUUUGUCGUACGAAUGAAGAAACUCAUCGAAGUGAAUGGCGAUUAUAUAGAAAAAUAG